AACAUAUUGGCUGAGAGAUUAACAGUGCACGAUAGGAUCUUGGCAGCAAUCUUCUCUCUACUCAAACGCAAAAACACCUUCAGAAAUGGAUAGAGCCUGGGUCUACCUGGUGACAGGAUGUGGUUUUAUUGGGGAGAAGAUUGUCGAGCUCCUGUCUCAACAAGACUACAUCAAAGAAGUCAGAGUUUUUGAUUCAGUAGCAAAAGAAGAAGUAGAAAAAUUCACCACAGCUACCACUCAUGUGACAGUGAUGAAAGGAGACAUUCAAGACUACAAUCUGCUCCUUGCCGCCAUGCGGGGAGUUCACGUGGUUAUUCACACAGCUGCUAUUGUGGACUACAGAAACACUGUGCCCUUUUGGGAAAUGAGAGCUGUCAACGUUGGGGGUACUGAAAAUGUGCUACGGGCCUGCUGUGUCCUGAACGUCCCGUAUGUUGUCUACACAAGCUCGGUUGCUGCGGUGGGACCCAAUACAUCACAUGAACCCAUGUUGAGAGGAAAUGAGGACACCAAAUACAGUGGGGAAGUGGAGCUGCCUUAUGGGAAGACAAAGGCCAUGGCAGAAAAACUUGUAUUCGAAGCCAAUGGAAAAAAGAUGAGUAACGGUGGUAAACUCACAACCUGCAUCAUCCGUGCAAAUGCAGUGUAUGGGGAGAAAGCAACGUAUCUUCAAGAGUUGUAUUUGUUUGCCAAAGCCAGGAACAGCGUGUUGAACUACCUAGAGCCUGAAAACACAGAGCGUAAUUACACAUAUGUGGGGAACGUCGCAUGGAUGCAUGUUCUUGUGGCAAGGAACUUGCAGCUGAAACCAGACUUACUCGCUGGGCAAGUGUAUUAUUCCUAUGAUGAUACUCCAACAAGAAAAGGUUUUCUGAUCAGGCACCAGCUGUUGUCCACUAUGGACCCCUCAGUAAGGCUAGGCUCACACAUCCCUUACUGGAAGAUGUGGUUAAUGAUACAAUUGCACAGAAUGAUCAAGGUCAUCUUGUAUCCUUUCUGGAAGCCACAGCCUUUCCUAAACUUGCCCUUACUGAACACAAUAGUCACGACUUUCUCCUACGAGACAGACAAAGCCUCCAGGCAUUUUGGGUACAAACCCCUCUUCACCUGGGAAGAGAGCAAGCACAGAACUGCACAGUGGUUGAAAGCAGUUGCAGGGAACUUGGACACCCCCCAGCUUCAUGAAAAGAAGAACUGAGCAGCAUGUUUGGGGUAAGAAGAGAGCUUAUCACACCAGCAACUUUCACCCGAACUUCACAACAUGUACAGAUCUUUGGCAGAAAUGUUGGAAACACUGAGAAAUCCUGGGACAGAGACAGAGAAAGAGCAAAACUCUCAGGCUGCAAUUAGAUACCCUUGCCAUGCUAACUACUCAGCUAUUUUAAGUACCAUAUGAAACACCAGGAUGCAUUUGAAAGCAUCCUCUUGCAGGCCCAUGCACACAGAUGCAGGGCUUGCUGGUCUCGUUCCCAUCAUGCCACCACUGCACAGGGAUCAUUCGCAGGAACAGGAGAGAAGAGAGACAGUUCACAUGAGAGGUGGUUCACAGCAAACACCUUUUUGAUCAAAUUAGUUAACCAGUUUUGUUCCACAGCCUGACUGGCCUCCAACUCUUUCCAUACUCAGCAAAUGGACGGUCUCCCUUGUCGUGGUCUCGGGCAGCUGGUGGGAUGGCUGUACCUGGCUUGUACACUCAAGGGGUCUUCAGUGAUAAUUUUGGUGAAGACAGGCAAACCUGGCUAGUUCUGGCUUUGCUUUUGGGUAUAAUAAAACGAAAAAGUAAUUAUCUUUUCCAGAGUUACCUUUUUCAAGAUGCUUUCUGUUAUUCUUACUGUGUAGGAGUAUUAUAUCUGUUUUGAAAUAUUAUCCCUGUAAAAAGAAAAUUCCAAUCUUUUGUGCUAACAACAUAUAUGCUGACUUACUUUCUAGUUGUAUGGAUGGAUAACUGAUGUCUCCAAGCUUAGAGGUGGGAUUCAUAUAGUUUGUACCUCAAAUUCUCUUACCUCACAGCACUGCAGCAACAAAGCAAAACAAAUUAAAGCCCACAUUCAGCUGCCACACUGGCAGACAGCAACUUAGUAAAGGUCUUAGGGGCUGAGUUUAUGCUAAAUAACAUCUGAACUUCAGAAGGUUAUUUCAACCCAUUCCACGGCACUGGAGCUACACAGUCCAUCCAGGAGCAGUAUUUCACAGAUGAUAUUUUCCUAACACAGGUGGGGCAGGCACUUCCAGAAGAUUCGCAACAAAACCUGUGGUUUGUAUCAGUUUAUCAGCUCCUGUAUUUUCAAGAGAUACAGAGAGACUGGUAAACCUACACUAAGCACAACAGAGAUUUCAGUCUUCACUUCAGCUUGGAGGAAUGAGAUCUUUUUACAGUACUGGUUCAAAUCUAAAAUUAAUUCUGUUAUUAUCACACUUCUGUGUUCUGUGAAUAUGUCCCCAUCUCUUGAGUUUUCUAGAGUAAAAGUGUACACAUACAUAAAUAAAAGCUUAUUUUAAUUACAA